AUGUGGUCUGCUCGAUUCGCUGUCACCUCACUUCUGAAGCACGAUUUUAGGCGUUUUCUGGUACAGAAUAGGGUGCUAAACCGAUUGAGGGUAACCCCUUUGUUGUCUGUUAAUGUCUAUAAGCCGUCUGUUUCGGCAAAUCAGCGAAGGUUUGUAUUUACACAUCGGCAGUUAUGCAGUCGCCGGGAUUAUGACGAUCACGACGAGGACACAAAACGCCUGCUUGCAAAUUUAAUCCAGCGCGACUCCCGUGUGGAAAAUGCCAUUUUUAUUGGAUGUUUUGGUUUUCUGUUAGUUUUAGGAUGGGUAGGAUAUGAGUAUUUAUAUAAACCAACACAGCGAACUAUUGAGAAAUUGAUUGUCCAGGCAAUGAUAGCCGACAAAAAUGGACAUCCAGGUGAAGCCGAACAGCUGUAUCAUCAAGCAUUAUCAAUGUCACAAACACAACAAAACAUGGAUGGUAUCAUUUAUGUAUAUGAUCAGAUGGCUAAUUUAGAAAUGAAGCGAGGUCAUUAUAAGAAAGCCGAAGUGUUGUUUAAAGAAUGUUUGAAAGGUUUAUUAUCAACAGGCACUUCCAAAGAUGAUAACGCUGUUAUUGAGAUAUCACUCAAAUUAUCUCAGAUAUACGCACAUCUUAAGAGGCAUGUAGAAGCCAGUGCUGGGUAUACAUGGUGUAUAGAGACAACAACUGUGAAGAUAUCUGAGAUGCCUGAAGAUGAUAUUGAUAAGAAUACACUCUCUUUAUUAGGACUGUGCUGGAAUUCAUAUGCAUAUUAUUUAUUGUCACAGAAGAGGUUUGCUGAAGCAGAGCAGGCAUAUAAAAAGGCAUUGACUCUAUGUGAGAAUCAAUUGACAGUAGAUGGGUUGAAACACCCACAGACAGUGACAAUUUUGAAUGAUCUAGGUACAGUGUGUGAUGAACAGCAAAAAUUUGAUGAUGCAUACGAGUAUCUACAACAAGCUGUCAGCUUAGCUGAGAAGGUGUCCCACUCUGAUGUGCCACGACUGCUAUGUAACAUGGGGUCAAUACAGAUGCACAGAGGUAACUGUGAUGACUCAAAGGAGUGUUACAGUAAUGCUAUGAAGCAGGCAGUGAAAGACGAAGAUGUCGAAACUAUAAAUUACAUUAAUGAUAGUUUAAUGGUUUUAGAAAAGUCAAAAAAGAAAAAAUGAUGUAUUUUUAAUAAAUGGCAUUUUUUGUAGAGAUAGUGGGGCUUUUCUAGCAUGUUUCUUAAAAUGGAGUACAUCAGGUUCUAGAGGGUUAAUAAUGUUAAGCAAUUAUUGUCAUCAGCUACAAAAUGUUUCAAGGCGUAUGUAGUCAUUAAUUUAGGGUAAUUUAUCUCAAUAUUGUGUAAUGAAGGGAAAAUACCUGAUGUAUACAAACAUGCAGAUUAAAAAAUCCAUCCAUC